AUGGUCCAUUUGGAAUUUCCUGUUAAUCAUUCUUUAUUUUUCUUUCUCUCUCUUUUUGUUAUUAUUACAGGUGUUCAAGGCAACGGUGUGCCUGACACAGACUGUGGCUGCUUGCCGUACCAGUUCUCCUGCCCUCGCUUGUCAGACGACGGAGAGUGUAUGUGUAUCCCUCUCAAGUGGAGAUGUGAUCAGGAUGAUGACUGUGGGGAUAACGGAGAUGAGAUAGAUUGCGAGCGUCCUUCGUGCAAGGCGUCAGAGUUUAGCUGUGGGACUGGUCUCUGUAUCCCAUCAGAAUGGGUGUGUGAUGGAGAUAACGACUGCAAAGAUAAUUCGGAUGAAGCCGAAUGCUCGAGAGUAGAGUGUGAAGGGGAGGACUUGUUCAGAUGUAACAAUGAUCAUUGCAUCCGAAGUGCGUUCGUUUGUGACGGUGAUAACGAUUGCAAGGAUGGUUCAGAUGAAACUUGCCUGAGAACUUGCAGGGAUGAUGAGUUUACCUGCGAGGGAGGAGGAUGCAUCGCUCGGGAGUGGAAGUGUGAUGGUGACAGCGACUGCAGUGAUGGUUCAGACGAGAAAAACUGCUCCAUCGUUGACACAGGAGCGUGUACGCAGGGACAGUACACAUGUAACACAGGCCAGUGUAUCUUCAUGAGUUACGUUUGUGACGGAGAGAGAGACUGUGAUGAUAACAGCGAUGAAGAUCAUUGUGCUAACAUCACGUGCAGAGACAACGAGUUCUUAUGCGCUAACAACGUGUGCAUCACAGCACAGUGGUACUGUGAUGGCGACUACGAUUGUGAGGACCAGUCAGAUGAGCUGGAUUGUCCGGUAACGACAUGCCUUUCCAACCAGUUUCAGUGUGCAUCAGGGCGCUGUAUUACAGCAGCAUGGGAGUGUGAUGGGGAGAAUGAUUGUGGAGAUAACAGUGAUGAAGAAUCUUGCAGACCUACCUUAUGUAACGCAAACCAAUUUCAGUGCAAUAAUGAUCGUUGCAUAGGGAACAGGAAGGUCUGUAACGGAAGAGACGAUUGUGGUGAUGGCAGUGAUGAACUCGUUGAACCAGAUGGUCCUUGCAAUAUUAUUGAUCCAUCCUCAUCCUGUCAUUCUAAUGAUGGAGGAUGUGAGCACACAUGUACAGAUGUCAGCUCCGGUGUUCGCUGCUCCUGCAGAGAGGGAUACACAUUGGAUAUGAACGGCAAGACUUGUAGAGAUAUCGAUGAAUGUCUUGUGGAAGGCAUCUGCAGCCAGACGUGCACCAACACUCUCGGCUCCUUCCUGUGCACCUGUAUCGAGGGCUACGAGCUCCGGCUCGACGGCAAGACCUGCAAGGCCCAGGGUCCAGAACCCUACCUCCUCUUUGCCAACCGCAUCGACAUCAGGCGGUUGGAACCGCUCCAUUCGAGCUACACCCCGAUUCUGCGAGGUCUGGAGAAUGCCAUCGCCCUCGACUACCAUAUUGAACAGCAAUUGGUGUUCUGGUCCGAUGUGAGCUUGGAUAGCAUCAAGAGGGCGUACCUCAAUGGAACGGAGGUCAUGGAUGUCGUCUCAACAGGGUUAGAAAGUCCAGGUGGUGUAGCAGUAGACUGGAUAGGCAACAAGCUAUUCUGGAGCGACUCUGGGACUUCUAAGAUCGAGGUCUCCCACCUUGACGGGUCCUCUCGCUCUGUCCUCAUCUGGGAAGGGCUGGAGAAACCUCGAGCUCUUGCAUUACAUCCUGUCAAAGGCACCAUCUACUGGACAGACUGGGGAAGCCUGCCAAAGAUAGAGAGGGCCAACAUGGAUGGAUCGGGACGACAGGUGAUCGCUGAUACCAUGCUCUUUUGGCCCAACGGUCUCACUCUGGACUACGCUACCGAGAAACUGUUCUGGGCCGACGCCAAGCAUCAUUCCAUCGAGAGCGCUAAUCUGGACGGGACCGGUCGGAAGAUUGUCAUCAAUCAAGGCCUGCCUCACCCAUUUGCAAUCACCCUGUUUGAGGACUACAUCUACUGGACUGACUGGCAUACAAAGAGCAUCAACACAGCUAACAAGUUCACUGGGAUGGAUCUUACUAUCAUACAGGGACAGCUGCAUUUCCCUAUGGAUAUCCAUACCUUCCAUCCACAAAGACAACCGAAUGGGAGUAAUCUUUGUUUGAUGUCAACGUGUAGUCACCUAUGUCUGCAGAGAGGAACAGAAGCGAUUACAUGUGGCUGUCCAACAGGCUUCAAGCUUAUCAACAGGACACAUUGUGCUGAAACUAUUGAUAGCUACCUGCUGUUCAGCCGAGAGACCGACAUCAGACGGAUCUCCUUCGAUACCGAUGAUGGCUCCGACGUCGUCCUGCCCCUGUCCGGUCUCAAGCAAGCGGUGGCGCUAGACUGGGAUGAUGAGGACGGAGGGUUCGUCUACUGGGGAGACGUGAGCACCAACAAGAUAAACCGCGCUCGUUGGAACGGCUCGGACCAAGAAGUCAUCCUAUCCCACAACAUGGACAGCCCCGCCGGCCUUUCCAUAGAUUGGAUCACCGGUAAAAUCUACUGGGCUGAAGCGACCAAUAACCGUAUUGAGGUGGCAAACACAGAUGGGUCAAUGAGAUCGGUUCUUGUUUGGGAGGGCCUGGACCGGCCUAGGGACAUUAUUGUGGAUCCAAUCUCAAGCCUGAUGUACUGGACCGAUUGGGGAUCAGAUCCCAAGAUAGAGUGCUCAGGAAUGGAUGGAUCUGAACGCAAGGUCCUGGUCUCCUAUGGGCUGAUCUGGCCCAAUGGUCUAGUCCUGGACCGAGACCUACAGAGACUGUACUGGGCCGAUGCUGGGACUAAGAGGAUCGAGUUUAGCAAUCUGGAUGGGAGCUAUAGAGAGAUCCUGAUCAGUUUGAACGUCCCUCAUCCGUUUGGCCUGGCCAUUCAUGAUGACCAUAUCUACUGGACGGACUGGGAGACGAAGAGUGUGGAGAAGGCCAAUAAGAUGUCUGGUCUGAGGAGAGAAACGGUCAGAGCUGGUCUAGAGGACUUGAUGGACGUUAAAGUCUUUCAUCGCAAUAGACCAACAAGAACCAGCCCAUGCUAUGUCAACAAUGGAGGAUGCAGUCAUCUUUGUCUCCUCUCUCCGUCUCCUCCCGGUUACACCUGUGCCUGCCCUACCGGUAUCAUGCUCAUGGACGAUGGUCUGACAUGUCGCCUAGAUCUGGAUAAGUUCUUGGUGUUUGCUCAUAAGACCGAUAUCCGAGUGGUAUCCCUUGAGGCUCCGUACGCUGUGGAUGUGGUGUUGCCAAUUAAAGGAAUCACUAAUGUAGUAACGGUCGAUGUAGAUACAGUCCAACGAAAGCUGUAUUGGGCAGACAAGACAACUCACACCAUCAAGCGGUCAAGCCUGAACGGUUUGGACGUGGAGGCAGUUUUCGACAUGUGCCUGGACACUGUGGAAGGCAUUACAGUGGACAGUGGUGGACAGAAGCUGUACUGGACAGACGCUGGGAGGAAGAGGAUAGAGGUAGCUGAUGUGAACGGGUCGAACAGGAAGGUCCUGGUGUGGAGGGAUCUUGAAGAACCAAGAGGGAUUGCUCUGCAUACUAAGAGAAGGUUCAUGUUCUGGACAGACUGGGGUUCAAUACCCCGCAUCGAACGGGCAGGGAUGGACGGUACUGGAAGGGAAGCUAUCAUCACUAGCAAUCUGGAAUGGCCCAACGGAGUCUCGGUCGAUGAGUCAACUGAUAGGGUGUUUUGGGUAGAUGCAAGGACAGAGCGUCUGGAGUCCUGCUCCUUGGACGGCAGCUCCAGGAGACUGCUCGUCUACGAUGGCGUCGAUCAUCCCUACGGUCUCACCGUCAUGGACGACUACAUCUACUGGACAGACUGGGACACCGGUGCUGUUCAUAGAGCAGAUAAGCAGGAUGGGAGUGGGGCCAUAGAUCUCCUAGGUAACUUCGAUAGUUUAAUGGACAUCAAGGCCGUAGACAUCCAGAACAAAGGAGAGAAAGUUUGUGGAUCUGAUAACGGUGGAUGCAGUCAUCUCUGUCUGCCUAAUCCUCAAGGCUACUCCUGUGCCUGUCCGACUGGUAUCAUCAUCAACCCUGACAACAAGUCAUGCCCUGAGGUUCCCUCCACCUUCCUGCUGUUUGCCAACAGUCAGAGCAUCCGUCGCAUCUCCAUGGAUACGCCCGAUCACACCGACGUCUCCCUGCCGUUUGAGAAUCUAAAGAACGCUGUGGCGUUAGACUUUGAUAGUAUCGACAGAAAGAUUUACUUCACCGAUGUCUUUCUAGAUGUCAUUGGACGAGCUGAUUAUGACGGCAAUAACAUGGAGGUCGUCAUCUCCGAGGGCCUCGAAACAACGGAUGGAAUCGCUGUGGAUUGGAUCGGUAGGAACCUGUACUGGACGGAUACCGGUUUGAACCACAUUGAAGUGGCUCGACUGGAUGGAACCGCUCGUAAGGUUGUGGUGUCGUCGGGGCUUCAGGAACCGAGGGCCAUUGCUCUGUUCCCAUCCGCUGGGUAUAUGUUCUGGAGUGACUGGGGCAACCAUCCCAAGAUAGAGAGGGCUCACUUCGACGGCACCGGACGACGCACCCUGAUCAACACGGAGCUAGGCUGGCCCAACGGCCUGACCAUAGACUACGCCAUGCGCAGGCUGUACUGGGUGGACGCAUACCUGGAUAAGAUCGAGACGGCGGAUUUCAGCGGGAAGUUCAGGGUCGUUUUGACCAGUAACGUGACUACGCACUCCUUCGGUUUGACCAUGUUUGGAGCACGUCUUUUCUGGACUGACUGGCAGACCAACACCAUCGAGACGGUGGAGAAAUCAACAGGCAAAGAUGUGGUCACAUUCCAGAGGAAUCUAGAUUCUCUCAUGCACAUCCAAAUGGUCUCUCCUCUCAGACAGACUGGUACAAAUCCAUGUGGUGUUGACAAUGGAGGAUGCAGCCAUCUUUGUCUUGCCAGACCACAGGGCUAUGUGUGUGCGUGCCCAGAUGAGCCGGAUGGUAGACCAUGCUCGCUUACCCCUGGAGCCAUCAUUGUGAAUGAGACUCCCAAACCAUCUCCUAGUAGUACCACCACUGGACACCUACCAGGCCCCCUCGUCACCCAGCUACCGAGGCCCAGGGGUACAGACAAGCCCCCUAAAGGACCGGUGGUAAUACCCCUCGAUCCUGGCGAUGACUCCUCACAGAUGAUGACUACUAUUAAACAGAUGAAUACUGGUCUCCUUGGUGCACCUAAUGGGUGCAGUGAAGAAGAUGAGGCGCUUGGUCUGUGUGAAGAGAGAGUGCAGGCUUCGAAUAAAAACGGCUAUCGUCUUCUCUAUACCUACAUCGUGGUGGGUGUUCUAGCCUUCGUCAUCGCGACAGUCUUACUCAUGCUGGUCAUACUGUGGAGAAGAAGCAGGAGAAGAAGAACUCGAUGUCGCCUUGACAGUCGCAGUAACUUCUACAAUCCUCAUUAUAAUCACAUGACCAAUGAGGUCAUGAUUGAACCGAGGAUAACCAGGGCAUGGAUCACACACUCUACACCGGAACAUACGCAUAGCUCCAGUGGUAGCCUGCCCAACAAGCUCAACAACGAGGAGUUGGACAGAAUGCUGCCCCCUCCUGUUGCGUACAGGGCAAUGUCCUCAUGUCAAGUGCCUUGUGCCGUGCCGUACGGUGCCACCGCGCCGUGCCACUACGACCCGAGGCCAUGCGAGAAACCGAAAAAUACAAACCUCAACGCUUGCAGCGGCGGGGCAUUCUCGUCUUUUCGGGACUUCAAAUUAACUGAGAACGAGCUGCAUAAAUUCACAGACAAUUGUUGUGACUAGCAGCUCAUCGAUACAAUACAGCAAGCUGCAUGUUAUGUGGACUACAUCAAAACAUUGAUCAAACAUUUGGCAGCUUGCUAGUGAUAUAUUAUUCAAACAUUAUUGUGCAGUAUUCGAGGAAUGCAUUUCCUCCAUAUUUUAUUUCAGCUUUGACAAGAGCAAGUUAGCUCUCUCAUGUGCCUAGAACUCAGUGAAAACCCUGUGACAGAACUCUGAACUGAAGAGCAUCAUCGUCCAGAUUGUGCAGAGAGGAAUCUUCAAUCUACAGCUUGUGCGAUGCUGGUGUAUUUUCUCUCUAAAUUUGUCUCUUAAAUCUCUUGGAACUUGGUGAAACUGAAAACCAUGUGACAGAACUCUGAACUGAAGCAUCAUCAUC